GCUCCAAAGAUGGUGCGCUACUCUCUGGAUCCGGAGAACCCCACGAAAUCAUGCAAGUCACGGGGAUCCAACCUGCGAGUGCAUUUCAAGAACACUCGAGAGACGGCCCAGGCCAUCAAGGGCAUGCACAUCCGCAAGGCCACCAAGUACCUGAAGGACGUCACCCUGAAGAAGCAGUGUGUUCCCUUCCGUCGCUACAAUGGGGGAGUUGGGAGGUGCGCCCAGGCUAAGCAAUGGGGCUGGACACAGGGACGAUGGCCCAAGAAAAGCGCGGAGUUCUUGCUGCACAUGCUCAAAAACGCAGAGAGCAAUGCUGAGCUCAAG